CGUGUUCGAGUUCAGUCAUGGCAUCUGAGGGGAACUCGGGUACAUCUACCCCCAACUCGCGCUUCACGACCCAGGCAAAGACGGCCGACGACAUCCUGUCGGCGCAAACCGUCGGUCUUGUCCAACUCGAUGACUUCCGAAAGCGACGCGCAGAUGCUAUAGACGCAAAGGAGCGAGAAGCACUCGAGUCUGGUCGCGCCACCCCCAGCAGUGCGGCAGAUAGCNCCAACAAGUGCAGUGACCCGACAUUCAAGCCCUCAAAGAAGAAGCGCAAGACGGCCAAGAAGGGUGCUCUGUCGUUUGGAGACAAUGAUGGUGACGACGACGUCCAGACCCAAAGCGAGUCGCUAAAGUCUCGCUCCAUCACACCUGCAGUUACGAAAGAGGAAAGCACACAAGAGGAAGAACAAGCCGCGCCCAUCAAGAAACGCCUCGCUGCGAACUCCAAUGUUGGUUUCAUGGCCAAGUCCAUGUCUAAGUCAGCUCUCCUACGUGAGGCCCAGACACGGGAACAGCUUCGCAAAGAGUUCCUCGUCAUGCAAGAAGCAGUCAAGCAGACCGAGUUCCUGCUCCCCUUUGUCUUUUACGACGGUACCAACAUUCCUGGGGGCCAAUGCCGCAUGAAGAAGGNNGGAGACAUGGUCUGGCUCUUUCUCGAUCGUGCGAGAAAGGUUGGUGCUGAGGUCGGAGGCAGCGACAAGGCUCGACGCGAAUGGGCCCGCGUGGGCGUCGACGAUUUGAUGCUGGUCAAGGGCGAUAUCAUCAUUCCUCAUCAUUAUGAGUUCUACUAUUUCAUGGUCAACAAAACCAAUGGCUACAACGGACCCCUGUUUGCUCACUCUGCCGAACCCACGGCAACCACUCCCGUUGACCCUUCAGCUUCGACUGCCACAGGUGGUCUGUCCGUACCGACGGCACCGUCAAAGACGCCAAAAACGCAGACGCAGUCACCCGCCAUUCCUGAUGCAGACCUUGAGGGUUUCGGCUCAGAUCCAAAUUCGACAAAGGUCGUCGAUCGACGCUGGUACGAGAAGAACAAGCACAUCUUUCCCGCCAGCACAUGGGAAGAUUUCGACCCGACAAAGGACUAUACCAAUCAUGUGCGCAAGGAUGUCAACGGUAAUGCUUUCUUCUUUUCGUCG